AUGGCUCGCGGCUGCAUACGGUUCAGUGGCUUCGUGGUCAGCUGCCUCGGCUGGGUCGGCAUCAUCAUCGCCACCGCCACCGGUGACUGGGUACUCACCUGCAAGUAUGACAUGCAUACCUGCCGGCGGAUGGACGAGCUGCGCACCCGGGGGCUCUGGGUGGACUGUGUCAUCUCCACGGCGCUGUACCACUGCGUCGCGCUAAACCAAAUCCUCGCCUUGCCAGCCUACGUACAGGCGUGCCGCACGCUGAUGGUCGUCGCGUGCUUCGUCGGGCUGCCAGCCGUCGCCCUCGCGCUGGCGGCGAUGCCCUGCGUCACGCUGGGUGCCGAGCCCGACGGGGCCAAGCGGCGGCGAGCAGUGCUGGGGGGGCUCCUCACGCUCACAAUGGCACUGUGUGGCAUGGUGUCCACCGUGUGGUUCCCUGUGGGAGCGCACCAGGAACAGGAGAUCAUGUCCUUUGGCUUCUCCCUGUACUCCGGAUGGGUGGGCUCCGGCCUCUGCCUGGUGGGUGGCGUCAUGGUUACCUGCUGCCAUGGCAAUUUCAUCCGCCAACCAGAGCAGCGCUUCUACUACUCCAAGCCGGCGACCACCAGCCCUGGCCCCUCCUUGGGGAACCAUGCCAAGAGCGUGCAAGUGUGAGGGGGGCAGAAACAUCCCCCCCAGCCCCACUAAGAGAUUUCUUAUUGGGAAAAACUGGAGAACAAAACAUGAACACAGAAAUGCCCCCUAUAUCUCAUUUACAAUAUAGGAACAUUAGACUCUGUGCAUGGCAUGGGUCACAAGACCACAUGAUCACAUGGUUACCAGUCAGCGAAUGAGAGGCAUCCCUGCUCAGCAUUACAACCCCCCCCCCCCCAAUUUUCCACAAGUUCCUCGUUAUUUAUUUCACCACCCAGCUUUAUGCUUCUGUCAUUUACAGAGACAGGGACGCUCUCCUCUCGACCCAGUGACAUUUUUUUAAUGAGUCAUUGUAUAUACAAUCAUUACUGGUAACCGAUAUUUAUUAAGCUUUUUUCUUUUGUCUUAAUAAAAAUGACAGAUUGUACUAUAGGGAAAGGGGAUGGUUUCAGCCAUCUGGGAAGGCAUGGCCUUUGGCUUCUGACCCAGUAUGUUUAGCUACUGGGGAUUAUGACAGGCGGGGCUGCCCAUUGUUAAGAUCACCUUAAUCUCUUCAUGCCACGAGGAAUAAAAUAUUUACCGAG